GUGAUUACUUGUGAUGACUUUCCUUCUACUAGCGGAUAUGACACACGUGCCGAUGUUUGGUCACUUGGAGUAACAGGUCUAGAACUUUGGGAUGGAGAGCCACCGCUUGCUGGCAUCUCUCCGAUGCGCGCUCUGGCCCGUAUUCCUCAAGAUCCCACGCCAAUUCUUGCUUACCCUUGCUUGGAGCAACAAUAUAAACAAAGAAGAAAGUUAACAAAAGUUAAGCAACAAGGUUAUUUAAGCUCGUUGGCAGAUGAAGGACAAACAAAUGAGCAUCCUCGAAUUAUGAUUCACACUGAACAAUUAAUUUGCGGAUCAAGAAUUCCAGAUAGUCCUGGCCUAAUUCCGCGGCAUCUGCGCAACAAAAAUAAUCUGAAAGUACAUGAAGAUGGCUUGUCUCUAGAAUUCUACUCAUUUUUAUCAAGGUAG